AUGUCUCAUCACGCCGACGAGAACCCUUCUUCCAUCUUCCCUCUCGAGGGCGGCUGCGCCUGCGGCAACAUCCGGUACUCCCUCAAUGCCUCUCCCCUGGUCGUCCACUGCUGCCACUGCACCUGCUGCCAGCGUGAGACCGGCACCGCAUUUGCCCUGAAUGCCGUCGUCGAGGGAGAUGAGGUGACUCUCCUCCCCAGCACUCCUUCGGCCUCACCGCUUCAGCCGCUGGCCUCUUUUACGGAUUCCGUUCGCGAUGAUUGGACUCCGAAAAAGUCUAGACCCAGCGCAACCCACGAGACCGAUGAGACGGGCGGCUCUGGUGGUGAGACCGCCGAGUCCAGGCUCGAGGCGGAGAUCCCCUCGCCUGUCAUCUUACCUGUUCCAGCCGAUUCAGGCGCUCCGCAGCACAUUGCCCGUUGCCCCCUUUGCUUGACACCCGUCUGGAGCAACUACGAUGGAACUGGCCCUUUGAUGAAAUUCGUCCGCGUCGGUACCCUCGACUCCCCAGCUCUGCUGGGCGGUCCGGACGCCUACAUCUUUAUGCGCAGCAAGCAGGCCUUCGUCGAGGUUGCUGAUGAUGGGAAGCCUCGUUUCGACGGGUUCUACCCGUCGAAGGAAGGCGUUUGGAGCCCCGAGGCGUUGGUUCGUCGGGACAAGCUGCUUGCUCGCAUUCUGGAGUGGAGGAAGGAGAACGGGUUGGACGUAUAA